AACUACUACCGUCGUCACUCACCGAUAAACCGAUUUCGUUAAACUGUCUAGAUAUAUACAGAGAAGAGAUCUUAAUAAAUAAUACUAGCUCUGUAAUGGCGUCCAAGGUCGGCUUGGCCGGCGGCAUACCUGAGCGUCGAGUUCGGCCUAUAUGGGACUCUAUCGAUUCUCGCCAAUUCAAGAAUGCUUUGAAGCUAUCUGCUUCUCUACUAUCCAAAUAUCCAAAUUCCCCCUACGCCAUUGCUCUUAAGGCUCUUGUUUUGGAGAGGAUGGGCAAAAAUGAGGAAGCGUUAUCAGUAUGCCUAAAUGCGAAGAAACUGUUACAUGCAACCGACUCUGUAUUAAUUGAUGAUCUGACUCUCAACACAUUGCAGAUUGUAUUUCAACGGCUUGAUCAUUUGGACUUGGCUACGGGCUGUUAUGAGCAUGCUUGUACGAAGUACCCAAAUAAUCCGGAAUUGAUGAUGGGACUUUUCAACUGUUAUGUCCGGGAAUACUCUUUCGUGAAACAACAACAGAUUGCUAUUAAAAUGUACAAGAUUGGGGGUGAAGAAAUGUUCUUGCUAUGGGCAGUUUGCAGCAUUCAGUUACAGGUCUUAUGUGGCAAGGGGGAAGAUAAAUUGUUGCUUUUGGCUGAAGGCUUACUUAAAAAGCAUAUUAAUUCUCAUAGUUUACAUGAGCCAGAAGCUCUGAUUGUAUACAUCUCUCUCUUGGAGCAACAAUCUAAAUUCAAGGAUGCUUUGGAAGUUCUUUCUGGGAACUUAGGAUCACUUAUUAUGAUUGAAGUUGAUAGGUUGCGUGUAAAGGGUAGGCUUCUUGCUCGAGCUGGGGAUUAUGCUGCCGCAGCGGAUGUAUUUCAGAAGGUCCUUGAGUUAUGCCCUGAUGACUGGGAGUGUUUCCUGCAUUACCUAGGAUGUUUGCUGGAGGAUGGAAGUUGCUGGCCCAAUACCCUUGACAGUGAUUUGAGUUAUCCCAGAAAGUAUUUGGAUAGCAACUUUUCACAUUUGACGGAAGAAAUAUUUGAUUCACGUAUAUCAAAUGCAUCAGUCUUUGUGCAAAAGUUACUUGAAGAAUCAAAAGAAGGUUAUAUAAGAGGUCCCCACUUGGCACUUAUUGAGAUUGAAAGGAGGAAGGCAUUGUUUGGAAAAGGAAAUGAUGACAAAUUAAUUGAGGCUGUAAUGAGAUAUUUCUCCAGGUUUGGACACUUGGCCAGCUUUACUUCUGAUGUGGAGCCAUUUGUCCAAAUCUUGUCCCCUGGCAAGAAGGCAGAAUUCACAAAGAAGUUGACAGAGAAUAUGGAGCCUACAAUUGCUACAGCAAAAGAGUUGCUUGGGAAAUCAAUCACAGUUUUCAAGAUACAAGAACUUGUUGGCACUUACUUUAAUCUCCCAACAGAUGAUCUUGUGCGUCUUGCUUCACAAAUGGUGGAUUUGUACUAUAAGAACCUUCCGCUUUCCAAGGACUUGGAUCCACAAGACAACGUGCUUGGUGAAGAGCUGCUAUCUUUGGUCUCUAAUAUUUUGGUUCAGUUGUUUUGGCGCACAAAGCAACUUGGCUAUCUGGUGGAGGCAAUUAUGAUAUUAGAGUUUGGUUUAACUGUUCGCAGGUAUGUAGGGCAAUACAAAAUUAUGUUGUUGCAUCUUUAUUCUCACUGGGGUGCCUUACCAUUAGCUUAUCAAUGGUACAAGUCUUUGGACGUGAAGAAUAUCUUGCUAGAAACAGUUUCUCACCACAUUUUGCCGCAGAUGUUGUUUUCUCCUCUCUGGAUAGAUCUAAACGAUCUUUUGAGCAAUUAUCUGAAAUUCAUGGAUGACCAUUUCAGAGAAUCUGCAGACCUUACAUUUCUUGCAUAUCGCCAUCGGAAUUAUUCCAAAGUUAUUGAAUUCAUUCAGUUCAAAGAAAAGCUGCAAUGCUCCAGUCAGUAUUUAGUUGCGAAGAUUGAAGCCCCUAUUCUUCAGCUAAAACAACAUUCAGAUAAUUUUGAAGAAGAGGAGCAUAUACUGGAAAACAUGAAAUGUGGCAGUGAAUUUAUUGAACUUUCAAAUAAGAUGGGAAGCAAAACUUUGACCUUCAACGAGGAUCUGCAGUCACGACCCUGGUGGACCCCAACAUGCGACAAAAAUUAUCUUCUAGAACCAUAUCAAGGAGUAUCCUACUGCCCAAAGGAAAAUUUGGACCGACAGAUUAGGCAAACACAAGUACACACGCAAAAAUCCAUUGAGAAGAGAUCUCUACUUCCAAGGAUGAUUUAUCUGUCUAUUCGAUGUGCAUCAUCAUCAUCAUCAUCAUCUGUUAAAGAGAAUGUAGAAGCAAAUGGCUCCGUUCCUGAUACUAGAAUCCCAUUAGAGUUGAAGGCUUUACUUGAGCGUUACACAGAGUUCUUAGGGUUUCCUUUUCAGGAUGCUGUUGAACUUCUUGUUGAAAUUUCAAGUGGCGAGAAGUCUUUGGAGGCUAUAAGGCCAGACCUGAUUGACUGGGUUAACUUUGCUGUAUUCUUGAAUGCCUGGAAUUUAAGUGCAAAUGAGCUGAAGCAAAAUAUUUGGAACAUGGUUAAGUCUCUGAUAGAGAGGUAUAUCCUUGAGGAAAUCGAAUCGAUAGGAUCUGUGGUUUCAUCUCCCGGAUCUAAUCUUCCUACUGUUAUACAGUUGGUUAGUGAAUCAUUCUCUUGGCAUAGUCUAAUAAUACAGGCCUAUGUCCGCUCUUCUCUAAUUCCAUCUGGAAAAAAGAAGAAGAAAGGGCCGCCGCCGCCUUCAGAACAACAAUUAGUGACUAGCCCUAAUUGUUCUGAGGGAAUUAGAGAUUCAAUUGAGUCAUUGUCCAGGUUGAUUGAAAAGGUUAGCCAAUGGCUGAAGGAAAAUAUUAGUAACCUUGACGAGAAAAGCUUGGAAGUAGUACUUUCUUCUAUUCAGACAAAGGAUCAGAGCGGAGGAGGACCUGGGAAGGUUUUGGAAGUUCUAGAAACUUCCAUAUCGUUGAUGAGUGAAGUAGAACUCGGCGUUCAAAUUUCUCAGGCAGUUAAGUCGUGGAGUCGUGUUGAGGUUGCAAGAAGAAUGGUGAAGGGUCACCAUACGGUUCUAUUGGAGUUUCUUCGGAUCUGUGAAUCAAAAGUUAAAUCACUGCGAGCAUUGAAAUCGCACCUAUAAUAAAUGAAGAAGAAGAGCAUGUUUCUUUGGAGGAGCUUGAUCCUAAGAUUUGUACUAUUUGAGAUGAGUCCGUUCUUUUGUUUUCAAUGCUUAUUCAUUAUCUAUAUCACAAACAUUGAUAUUUUUUUGGCCCCAUCCAUGUCUGUUUUGAAAAUUUUGCCACUUUAUUUUUUUCCGUUGAAACACGGUAAUGUAUUGUCUUGUUGAUUGUACGAUAAAUAAUGUCCUUUUAAAUAUAUUUGAGUGAUUCUUCUA